UUUUUUUUACCUUUGGGUCCCGUACUUGCGCACCUAAAAGCUCUUGGCAGCCUGUUGAGCUUUUACCGUUAGUUAGUUCGUCGUUUCGUGUUGCACAGUUCGCUUCAGUUUCUCGGCCACUAAACAAACCACCCACAGCAUUUUUUUUUUGAAAAAACAGGCAGUCAAGAUGUCCAACUUGAAAUUUGUUUUUGUUUUUUCGCUGGCUUUUGCUUUUGCUGUCGCGCAGCAGGACAAUCAGCAGCACGCAUCUCAUAAUAAUAUGAAUCAUGAAAAUCACAGGGUCAAUGUAGCCGUGUACUACGAAUCCCUUUGUCCAGACUCCAGAAAAUUCUUUACACAACAGCUGUAUCCGUCUUUGCAAGGCAACCUAUCAAAUUUUGUCAAUUUGACCUUGGUGCCAUAUGGAAAGACCAAAAUGGAAUUCAAACAAAAUGAAUAUGAAUUCGAUUGUCAUCAUGGUGCCAAAGAAUGCGAAGGUAACAAGAUUCAAGCAUGUGCCUUGAAGCUCAUUGACCAGGGGAAAAAGACUGAAGGUCUUGGAUUUAACAGGGUAGCCGUUGGUUUUAUAAACUGUCUAAUGGACAAAACUGAAAGAAAAGGCGAUGACACCACUUUCCCCACUAAGGAUUGUGCCGAAAUCAACCACGUUAACAAUUUGAAUCUCAUUGAAAACUGUGCUGGACAUACUGACGGUUCCAACUACCUCGCCAAUUUGGGAACUCUUACCAAGGCGGUAGCAGAUCCACUAAAGAACGUCCCAACCAUUGUAUUCAACCAACAAUUCAAAGAAGAAGACAACAAAAUGGCACAAACCAACUUUGUAAAAGCCUUGUGCCAAUAUAUCCACGCCGAUAAACCUAGCGAAUGUAAUGGCGCCAGCAAUAUACAAAUUUCGAUCGGUUUCUUGAUUGUCGCCAGCAUUAUUAGCAAAUUGUUUUAAACGCUGAAUAAUAAUUGUAGACCGUGACUCAUUGUGACAAUGAAUCACGAACUAUGGAUUUUAUUGUUCAGGAUAUAUUGUGCUAAAAAUUAUUGUCAUGAAAAUUUCCAUAAAAAUUUUAAUGCAUUCAUCGAUAUGGUUUAUUUGCAAUUUGUGAUAUUGUUUUUACGUAUUUUAGUUUGGAUAAUAUUGCCAAUAGGGUUUCUAUCUGUACUUAUUGUUUCAUUUUGCCAUUAGAAUAGCCAUAUAUAGCGCAUGAUAUCAAUUUUUGUCCAUACUGUAUUACCUAAAGUACCUUAAAAUUGCCUUUUAGAAUUUGCACUUUUAAAAAUAUCGUAGGAUAUAUUAGAUUUGCCUACAAUCAUAAAGAAUCUAUUGUAAAAUUUAAAAUAAAUAUUUUUAAGUGUUAUUGAACAAGAAAAUACUCCUAAAAUAUUUAAAAGAUCUGAUUGUAUAUUUUAAACAUCAUUUACUGUAAUCCAAUUCAUUUAAUUUUUUAAAUAAAAUUUUAUUAAAUAGUA